CAGGACCAGCACUGCCUCCAGGAAUAAUGCCCACUGUAGAUGACAUUCUAGAGCACAUUGGGGAAUUUAACUUAUUCCAGAAACAAAUCUUUUUUGCUCUGUCCCUGUUUUCUGCUGCCUUUACCCCAAUCUAUGUGGGGAUUGUUUUUCUGGGCUUCAUCCCGGAUCACCGCUGCCUGAAUCCUGGAGUUUCAGAGCUAAGCAAACGAUGUGGCUGGAGUUUGGAAGAGGAGCUGAAUUACACCGUGCCAGGCCUGGGGAUACCAGGAGACACUUUUAUCAGCCAAUGCUGGAGAUACGAUGUGGACUGGAACCAAAGCACCCUCAGCUGCACAGACCCAUUAGCCAAUUUUUCCAGCAACAGGAGCCACAUCCCCCUCACCACCUGUCGGGAUGGCUGGGUCUAUGACACUCAAGGGUCCUCUAUUGUGACUGAGUUUAAUCUGGUAUGUGACAAUUCCUGGAAACUGGACCUGUUUCAAUCAGUUGUGAAUGUCGGAUUUUUUUUUGGCUCUAUGGGCAUCGGUUACAUAGCAGACAGGUUUGGUCGUAAGCUGAGCCUUUUGGCUACGAUUUUCAUUAAUGCUGUGGCGGGAGUACUCAUGGCCCUUUCUCCAAGCUACACCUGGUUGUUAAUCUUCCGAUUGAUCCAGGGACUGGUCAGCAAGGCCGGGUGGUUAAUAAGCUACAUCCUAAUCACUGAAUUUGUCGGCCUGAGGUACCGGAGGACUGUGGGAAUUUGUUACCAAAUGUGUUUCACGAUUGGCCUCCUGGUGCUGGCAGGGGUUGCCUAUGCUCUGCCUUCUUGGAGAUGGCUACAGCUCGCAGUUUCCCUGCCCUACUUCGGCUUUUUGCUCUACUAUUGGUGCCUUCCAGAAUCUCCCAGAUGGCUGAUCUCUCAAAAUGAAAAUGAAAAAGCUAUGGAAAUUAUUAAGCACAUUGCAAGGAAAAAUCAGAAAUCUCUACCAACCUUUCUUCAGAACCUUAAACCUGAUGAGGAAGACAAUGAAAAGAUGAAACCAUCCUUUAUUGACUUGGUCAGAACACCUCAGAUAAGGAAACAUACCUUGAUCUUGACAUACAACUGGUUCACAGGUUCUGUGCUGUAUCAGGGUCUCAUCAUGCACAUGGGACUGGUAGGUGGGAAUAUCUAUUUGGAUUUCUUCUAUUCUGCUCUGGUGGAGUUCCCAGCUGCAUUCAUCAUUAUCCUCACCAUUGAUCGAAUUGGCCGCCGCUACCCUUGGGCUGCAUCAAAUCUAGUGGCUGGGGCAGCCUGCCUCAUUUCAGCUUUUAUUCCCAAUGAUCUAAUGUGGCUAAAGGUUGCAGUUGCAUGCCUGGGUCGAAUGGGCAUCACAAUGGCGUAUGAAAUGGUUUGUCUCGUCAAUACUGAAUUGUAUCCCACAUUCAUCAGGAAUCUUAGUGUCAUGGUCUGCUCUUCAAUGUGUGAUAUUGGUGGAAUGGUAACACCAUUCCUUGUCUACAGGUUGACUGAGAUCUGGCAUGAACUCCCCCUAGUGGUUUUUGCUGUGGUUGGCUUAAUAGCUGGGGUGCUGGUAUUGAUGCUCCCUGAGACCAAAGGGAAGGCCUUACCUGAGACCAUUGAAGAGGUUGAAAAUAUGAAGAGCAAAAGAAAAACUAAAGAGAAAAUCAUUUACCUCCAGGUCCAAAAACCAGAAGUCACGCAUACCUAAGAAGAAAGAAAAUUAACCCCAGUUAUGGCCUGCCUUCAUGAUCUAAAAGCUAGAAACAGAAUUAUUUGCCCAACACAAACCCCACACCAUCUUACUUCCUUUCAUGCCUCCUAAUCUUAGAUCUAUAUCCUAAUGGAACUUGUAAUACUAUUGGACCAGAGGACCUAGGGUGCUCCAUCCUGCCAAACCCCUCCAGUUCUCUCCAGAUCCCAGGAUAAUAACCAUCAAUUUGUAUAGGAACUAUUCCACAUUUGUGUUUCCUUUAAGGACUCCUUUCCCCAUAUUCCCUUGUACGUAGGAAACAAUGAAAGCAAUAGGGGGAGGUGGAAAGAAGCACAAUCACUUAUAAAAGAAGAAAAUGUAUUUUCCUGAUUGAAGAAAAGAUUAUGAGCCUGAUUAUCCACAAUAGGUAGUGAUAUUUUUAAGUGAGCCCUUCUGUGCAAUGAAUGAGGAAAUUUCCAAAUAUUAUACUUAUUUUCUGUG